CUGCGUCUCAUGUUUGUCUACAACUAUGAUGCUAGAAAAGCACUCCUUUGGGUAGUGAAUCGAUGUUACUUGGUUUUGAGGUGGCUGCCUGCUUUUGAACGUUAAAAUUACUUAAGCAAUUCUGCUGCUGCUUGUCGGGGCUGACAGUGACCCCACCAAGCCCAGGAACCUUCAAGCUCAAGCUUGACCUAAGCUGCUUCCCUGUAGCGGUGCACAGACUUCCAAGCACUUAACGCGACCGCGUUCUGCUUUUUGGAGCUUCAAACACGCCGGCGGGACAAGCUUGCUCACUUCCUCAAGAACCCAUCACCUUUGAUCCGUUGGAAGCACACCAGCGCUGCUUUGCGUCAAGAAGUUCAAUCUAAGUACUUCUUACCCACCCAGUUCGCUUCUUCAUUGAAUCCUCUUUCACGACUUCCUCAUCUGCACCUUCCCUUCAUCCUUCAUCGAUUCCAGGCUGUCCCUCAGCAUGGCUCCUGCCCAAGCUGCUGACGACAUGGAGAUGGAACUUCAAGUAGAGGACGCCGACGAGGAGCAGAGACUCAUCAAUGAAGAGUACAAGACAUGGAAGAAGAACUCCCCCUUCCUCUAUGACAUGAUACUGAGCACUGCUCUGCCCUGGCCCACCUUGACUGUGCAGUGGUUUCCCGACGUGAAGGAGCCCGAGGGCAAGAACUGUCGCAUUCACCGAGUCCUCAUUGGCACACACACCUCUGAUGAGAAGCCCAACUAUGUUCAAAUUGCCGAAGUUGAGAUCCCCACUAAGGUCCGAGCCAACCCCCGCGAUUACGACGAGGAGCGGGGAGAGAUUGGGGGCCAUGGCAAGACCGAAACCUCGGCCAUGAAGUUCAAUGUCGUCCAGAGAAUCGACCAUCCUAGCGAGGUGAACAAGGCGCGCUAUUGCCCGCAAAACCCAGACCUCAUCGCCACUCUUGCGGUAGACGGACGAAUCUUGAUUUUUGAUCGCACCAAACAUAGUGUGAACCCCAAUGGGAAGGUGGAGCCUCAGAUUGAGCUUGUGGGCCACGACCGCGAAGGCUUUGGGCUGAGCUGGAAUCCUCAUGUGGAAGGAUCGCUGGCAUCUGGAAGUGAGGACAAGACUGUUUGUCUCUGGGACCUCAAGUCUCUUGAGGGCGGGAGGACUGUUCUGAAUCCAUAUCGCCGAUACACCCACCACACGAACAUCGUCAACGAUGUCCAAUAUCAUCCGAUUUCCAAGAACUUUAUCGGAAGUGUAUCUGACGACUUGACCCUGCAAAUCCUUGACGUGCGACAGGACGUAUUCUCCCAGGCGUCACUGGUAGCCAAGCACGGACACAGCGACGCCAUCAACGCUCUGGCAUUCAAUCCCUCAACCGAGGUCAUCGUGGCAACCGCAUCUGCCGACAAGACCAUUGGCAUUUGGGAUUUACGGAACGUCAAGGAGAAGGUGCACACCUUGGAGGGCCAUCAAGAUGCUGUCACUUCUAUCGCCUGGCAUCCCCACGAGGCUGGCAUUCUCGGCAGCGCUAGUUAUGACCGCAGAAUGAUUUACUGGGACUUGAGCAGAGUCGGAGAUGAGCAACAACCCGAGGACCAAGAAGACGGUCCCCCUGAGCUGCUGUUCAUGCACGGGGGUCACACCAACCAUCUGACUGAGUUCAGCUGGAAUCUGAAUGAUCCCUGGCUCGUUUCCAGCGCCGCUGAGGACAACGUUCUACAAGUGUGGAAGGUUGCCGAAUCCAUCGUUGGCAGAGAUGAAGGAGACAUUGCACUCGACGAGAUGGGCAGGUAAAGAGGAGGCAUCAAUUGCUGCUUUAAUCCGGCGCAUUGUACUGGUUCAAGACUUUACUGACGUUAGCUGAUUUUCAGAGUUACUGGACGGGAAAAGACAAAAAGAAGAAGAAGCCGAUCAGAUUCCUCCGCGAAUUGAUGAAUGAGCGAGAAUUUCAGGCCUUUGCCGGUGGCUAUGUUCCUGCUCCCAGAGAGGCGCUGGCAGAGCUUCGUCGCCCGAACGUGUAAAUAGAUACCCUUGUCGCGUUGGAUUCCGGUCGAGCUGCAAGUGAGUUCUGGACUGGCUCUUCCUGGGAUUGGAAAGACCAUGGCAUUGGUCUCCCAUACCCUACACGUGAGCUGCCUUUGAUGACAAAUGAGACAUACUCUAUCUGAGAAUAAAUUCCUGCAUCCAUUGUCUGGUUUCACGG